UUAAAAUAUGAAGAGUUUUGUAAGCUAUAUGGCUAUUGUGGAGAAAAAUAAGCCUUAUGUUUCAAUGCUCUUUAUUCAGUUUGUAUAUGCAAGCAUGGCUUUAUUGUCUAAGGCUGCAAUUUCCAAAGGAAUGACCCCUUUUGUUUUUGUUGUUUAUAGACAAGCCUUUGCAUCAGUUUUCUUAUCUUCAUUUUCUUUUUUUGACAGUAAACAGAGUGCUCCCUUGUCAGGCAAGUUACUGUGCAAUUUGUUUCUUAUUUCACUUGUUGGGUUGACAACAAGUUCAACACUUUCCAAAAUUUGGAUCUGAUAACUGUGUAUCACUAUUGCAUCUUUGUUACUUCUGAUUUGAGUUGCUUUAGAAUGAUGUAUACUCAUAAUAUGUUGUACAUAAUAAUGCCUGACAGUUGUGAUCAUUGUGUAAUAUAUCAUAUCUGAAUUUUGUACUUUUUCCACUAA